AUGAGGGGCCAGGCCGCCGCCCCGGGCCCCGUCUGGAUCCUUGCCCCGCUGCUGUUGCUGCUGCUGCUGCUGGGGCGCCGGGCGCGUGCGGCCGUCGGGGCAGACACUGGGCCCGGGGCCCAGCCGUGCGCCACGCUGGUGCAGGGCAAGUUCUUCGGCUACUUCUCGGCGGCUGCCGUGUUCCCCGCCAACGCCUCGCGCUGCUCCUGGACGCUGCGCAACCCAGACCCGCGACGCUACACGCUCUACAUGAAGGUGGCCAAGGCACCCUCGCCCUGCGGUGGCCUAGGCCGCGUGCACACCUACCAGUUCGACUCCUUCCUCGAGUCCACCCGCACCUACCUGGGUGUGGAGAGUUUUGACGAGGUGCUGCGGCUGUGCGACCCCUCCGCGCCCCUCGCCUUCCUGCAGGCCAGCAAGCAGUUCCUGCAGAUGCGGCGCCAGCUGCCACCCCAUGACGACGACCUCGGCCCCCCUGGUGGGCCCAGCGAUGACUUCUCCGUGGAGUACCUGGUCGUGGGCAACCGCAACCCCAGCCGGGCCGCCUGCCAGAUGCUGUGCCGCUGGCUGGACGCCUGUCUGGCUGGCAGCCGCAGCUCACACCCCUGUGGCAUCAUGCAGACCCCCUGUGCCUGCCUGGGUGGCGACACCAGCGACCCUGCCUCUGGCCCCCUGGCUCCCCGCGGGGACGUCUGCUUGAGAGACGCUGUGGCUGGUGGCCCUGAGAACUGCCUCACCAGCCUGACCCAGGACCGGGGCGGGCACGGCGCCACAGGCGGCUGGAAGCUGUGGUCCCUGUGGGGCGAGUGCACGCGGGACUGUGGGGGCGGCCUGCAGACGCGGACGCGCACCUGCCUGCCCGCGCCAGGCGUCCACGGAGGUGGCUGCGAGGGGGUGCUGGAGGAAGGCCGCCUGUGCAACCGCAAGGCCUGUGGCCCCGCUGGGCGCACCAGCUCCCGGAGCCAGUCCCUGCGGUCUACGGAUGCCCGGCGGCGCGAGGAGCUGGGGGACGACCUGCAGCACUUUGGGUUCCCAGCCCCCCAGACUGGUGACCCGGCAGCCGAGGAGUGGUCCCCGUGGAGUGUGUGCUCCAGCACCUGUGGCGAGGGCUGGCAGACCCGCACGCGCUUCUGCGUGUCCUCCUCCUACAGCACACAGUGCAGCGGGCCCCUGCGCGAGCAGCGGCUGUGCAACAACUCCGCCGUGUGCCCAGUGCAUGGUGCCUGGGACGAGUGGUCGCCCUGGAGCCUCUGCUCCAGCACCUGUGGCCGUGGCUUUCGGGACCGCACGCGCACCUGCAGGCCCCCACAGUUUGGAGGCAACCCCUGUGAGGGCCCUGAGAAGCAAACCAAGUUCUGCAACAUUGCCCUGUGCCCGGGCCGGGCAGUGGAUGGAAACUGGAACGAGUGGUCGAGCUGGAGCGCCUGCUCCGCCAGCUGCUCCCAGGGCCGGCAGCAGCGCACGCGCGAGUGCAACGGGCCUUCCUACGGGGGUGCCGAGUGCCAGGGCCACUGGGUGGAGACACGAGACUGCUUCCUGCAACAGUGCCCAGUGGAUGGCAAGUGGCAAGCCUGGGCAUCGUGGGGCAGCUGCAGCGUCACGUGUGGGGGUGGCAGCCAGCGGCGGGAGCGCAUCUGCUCUGGGCCCUUCUUCGGGGGAGCAGCCUGUCAGGGCCCCCAGGAUGAGUACCGGCAGUGUGGCACCCAGCGGUGUCCCGAGCCCCAUGAGAUCUGUGACGAGGACAACUUUGGGGCCGUGAUCUGGAAAGAGACCCCAGCGGGAGAGGUGGCCGCUGUCCGCUGUCCCCGCAAUGCCACAGGCCUCAUUCUGCGACGCUGUGAGCUGGACGAGGAAGGCAUCGCCUACUGGGAGACGCCCACCUACAUCCGCUGUGUCUCCAUCGACUACCGAAAUAUCCAGAUGAUGACCCGGGAGCACCUGGCCAAGGCUCAGCGAGGGCUGCCGGGGGAGGGGGUCUCAGAGGUCAUCCAGACGCUGGUGGAGAUCUCCCAGGAUGGGACAAGCUACAGCGGGGACCUGCUCUCCACCAUUGAUGUCCUAAGGAACAUGACAGAGAUCUUCCGGAGGGCAUACUACAGCCCCACCCCUGGGGAUGUGCAGAACUUUGUCCAGAUCAUCAGCAACCUGCUGGCAGAGGAGAACCGGGACAAGUGGGAGGAGGCCCAGCUGAUGGGCCCCAACGCCAAGGAGCUGUUCCGGCUGGUGGAGGACUUCGUGGACGUCAUCGGCUUCCGCAUGAAGGACUUGAGGGACGCGUACCAGGUGACAGACAAUCUGGUCCUCAGCAUCCACAAGCUCCCAGCCAGCGGAGCCACUGACGUCAGCCUCCCCAUGAAGGGCUGGCGGGCCACCGGUGACUGGGCCAGGGUGCCGGAGGACAGGGUCACUGUGUCCAAGAGUGUCUUCUCCACGGGGCUGCCAGAGGCUGAUGACUCGUCGGUGUUUGUGGUGGGCACCGUGCUCUACCGAAACCUGGGCAGCUUCCUGGCCCUGCAGAGGAACACGACUGUCCUGAACUCCAAGGUCAUCUCUGUGACUGUGAAGCCACCCCCUCGCUCCCUGCGCACACCCUUGGAGAUCGAGUUUGCCCACAUGUACAACGGCACCACCAACCAGACCUGUAUCCUGUGGGAUGAGACAGAUGUGAGUGCACAGUGCAGGGGAGGAGGGGGCAUGGAGGUCCACCCUGGGCCAGGGCUGGAGGUGGUGCUGCAGCUGCGGGCUGCUCCUGUCUCACCCCUCCCCACCGCCCUGAAACCCUCUCUUGGGCGGUUCACCAGCUGCAGCUUCCAGGGCUGGUCCCCUGGCCCACCCAACCAGCUCCUCCUGGUGGCCCUUGGGAACACUAAGAACAUGGAGAAGGCGACCCUGCCAUCCGUGACGCUCAUCGUGGGCUGCGGCGUGUCCUCACUCACCCUGCUCAUGCUGGUCAUCAUCUACGUGUCCGUGUGGAGGUACAUCCGCUCAGAGCGGUCUGUCAUCCUCAUCAACUUCUGCCUGUCCAUCAUCUCCUCCAACGCCCUCAUCCUCAUUGGGCAGACCCAGACCCGCAACAAGGUGGUGUGCACUCUGGUGGCCGCCUUCCUGCACUUCUUCUUCCUGUCCUCCUUCUGCUGGGUGCUCACCGAGGCCUGGCAGUCCUACAUGGCCGUGACGGGCCGCCUCCGGAAACGCCUCAUCCGCAAGCGCUUCCUCUGCCUGGGCUGGGGGCUCCCUGCGCUGGUCGUGGCCAUUUCCGUGGGAUUCACCAAGGCCAAAGGGUACAGCACCAUGAACUACUGCUGGCUCUCCCUGGAGGGGGGACUGCUCUAUGCCUUCGUGGGACCGGCGGCCGCUGUCGUGCUGGUGAACAUGGUGAUCGGGAUCCUGGUGUUCAACAAGCUCGUGUCCAAAGACGGCAUCACGGACAAGAAGCUGAAGGAGCGGGCAGGGGCCUCCCUGUGGAGCUCCUGCGUGGUGCUGCCGCUGCUGGCGCUCACCUGGAUGUCGGCUGUGCUCGCUGUCACCGACCGCCGCUCCGCCCUCUUCCAGAUCCUCUUCGCGGUGUUCGACUCGCUGGAGGGCUUCGUCAUCGUGAUGGUGCAUUGCAUCCUGCGCAGAGAGGUCCAGGACGCUGUGAAAUGCCGUGUGGUCGAUCGGCAGGAGGAGGGCAACGGGGACUCCGGGGGCUCCUUCCAGAACGGCCAUGCCCAGCUCAUGACCGACUUCGAGAAGGACGUGGAUCUGGCCUGUAGAUCAGUGCUGAACAAGGACAUCGCGGCCUGCCGCACAGCCACCAUCACGGGCACACUGAAGCGGCCGUCGCUGCCCGAGGAGGAGAAGCUGAAGCUGGCCCACACCAAGGGGCCGCCCACCAACUUCAACAGCCUGCCGGCCAACGUGUCCAAGCUGCACCUGCACGGCUCGCCCCGCUACCCUGGCGGGCCCCUGCCCGACUUCCCCAACCACUCGCUGACCCUAAAGAAGGACAAGGCGCCCAAGUCCGCCUUUGUCGGCGAUGGGGACAUCUUUAAGAAGCUGGACUCGGAGCUGAGCCGGGCCCAGGAGAAGGCUCUGGACACGAGCUACGUGAUCCUGCCCACAGCCACGGCCACACUGCGGCCCAAGCCCAAGGAGGAGACCAAGUACAGCAUCAACAUCGACCAGAUGCCCCAGACCCGCCUCAUCCACCUCAGCACGGCGCCUGAUGCCGGCCUGCCUGCCCGCAGCCCACCCUCCCGCGAGCCACAGCCCCUGCCCCCACCACCCACCCUGGAGCCUGCAGCCCCCAGCCUGGGGGAAGCAGGGGAGCCUGCGGCCCACCCAGGACCCAGCUCAGGGGCGGGGACCAAGAACGAGAAUGUCUCCACCUUGUCCGUGAGCUCCCUGGAGCGGCGGAAGUCUCGGUAUGCAGAACUGGACUUCGAGAAGAUCAUGCACACCCGGAAGAGGCACCAGGACAUGUUCCAGGACCUGAACCGGAAGUUGCAGCACGCCGCAGAGAAGGACAAGGAGGUGCUGGGCCCGGACACCAAGCCAGAAAAACAGCAGACGCCCAACAAGCGGCCCUGGGAGAGCCUUCGGAAAGCUCACGGGACACCCACGUGGGUGAAGAAGGAGCUGGAGCCACUGCCGCCAUCGCCGAUGGAGCUGCGGAGCGUGGAGUGGGAGAAGUCGGGUGCCACGAUCCCGCUGGUGGGCCAGGACAUCAUCGACCUCCAGACCGAGGUCUGA